CGAUGGUGGUACAGUACAGCCGCUCGCCUCGCAACGCAUUGGCUGGUGUAUCCGCCCAGCUGCAAGCCGUGACAUGGAUUCAUCUUCUCCUUUGCAUCAGUGUUGACUACCAGACUCCUCGAAUCCACCAAUCCCUUUGUGCAGCCCUUGUCACGCUGAUACAUGAGGUUGCAGACUUUCUCCGAGUACGAUGGGCUGGCCAGGAAGCCUAUCAGUGGCUGUAUUGUAUCGCUUUGGAGAAUACCAACCGAGAUGGCAGCAUGGCAUGAAUCAUCCCUGUUUCGCCGCUACAUGACUGAGGGAGAGGGCCAAAGGCAAACUCGCGAUCAUGAGACAGCUAUACAAAAGUCCUCUACAGGCAAGCGUGAGGCUUUACAAAAAGCAGUACCAAGGAAGAAGCAGAAACGUAGUACGAGAGAUACGGGUAGUGCGUCGCGCAUGAAGCGUACCCCAACACCGCCACGCCAAAUCAACACUCACAGCCGGAUAAUCCUCCGAUCAAGAGAGCAUUAGUGAGAGGCUCUGUCGCAUGGGUCUUUAGGGUACUCUACUAAAUUGCUCUGUGAUCGGUACCUGUGUGUGUGUAGUUUUACAACACGGUAGGCGGUGAGUCUCGGCAACCUAACGCGGAGACUUGCAGACUCUGAAAGUUGUAAGUCCGCUGGAGUAGACUAGCGUC